CAGAGAUAAUUAUUGCGGAAGUGUGAAGUCGUCAACUAUAGGUAAAAAUUACCUGAAUAUAAGAUGUGACCUUUUUGCACUCCUAUGUUGUUAUACAAUAUUAAUAUAAAACAACGUGCAUAAAAUAUGGUCAAAACCAACCGGGGGUACGUAUUUGCUUCUGCUGUUAUAUCCGCCGCGGGGGUAGCCCUUACUUUGCUGUCUCUGUCCACCGAAAAAUGGAUCCACGGACAAACCAGAGCAGAUGAACUUUCGCCAGAACUCAGUGACGUCAACUAUGGACUUUUCCAAGGAAACUUUAAGCAAUUUUCUACUGUCAAUUAUCAAGUUUUGAUGACUUGCUCGUUUAAACACAACGUAUGCGCACUGCUUUGUGGUAAGGAUGGCGACGAGAGGAGAACAUUGUUGGACAAUUUGUACGAAGGAAAUAUAGAUCCCAGCUAUAGCAUGUCAAAUUGCCCCGUAACUACAAGCGUUUAUUAUCUGCCCAUUUCGGGAUCCCAUCGUACUUAUAGUGGCAGUGCUUCGUCAGAUAUGAAAUUUCUUAACGCUGGGGUGUGGCUUUGUACUGUAAUUUUCAUAAUUUUAUCCAUUUCCACUGGACUCUUUUCCGCUGGGUUGGCUCUCUACAAUACCGUUGCAAAUCCCAUAGAAUUCUUUCUUAGUGUCAAAAGUUUAUUUAUAUAUAAUGGACUGGCGUGUGGAUUUAUUAUUUUAUAUCUGAUUUUGUGGGGAGCAAUGUACAAUAUCGUUAUUAUACACAACGUGGGUUUAUACUACACGCUAGUCGGUCAAAUGUCCUCUGAUAAAAUGGUGUAUUUAGGAUACUCGUAUUGGAUCAACUUUGGACCACUUGUGGCUUAUACUUGUAGUGUUGGACUGUUGUAUUAUCGAGAAUAUUUAAAUGCCAAGGAUCCGAAACAGAAAAACGUGAUUUUGGAAGAUUCUGCCGAUCCAAAUAUAUAUUUGUACUGAUUCGUUGGUUUAUUAAUUUAAGAGUCACACAACUUGACUUAAUUGUACUUUUUUGAUAAAACGCGAUAAAAAUGAAACCUUUUAUAAAUAAAUCUUAUAAAUCACGAUUGUACCUAAAUGUAAGGAUUAAUAUUAAAAUUGUAGACUUAAUCUUCAUUGAAUAUAGGAAUUGCGGAUAAAGAGAUAAGGCCGGUAUUUAUGGUUGUACAUUGUUCAAAAGAAUUUAUAAAAACAUGGUUUUUCAAAUUGGAUUCUCGACAUUUGGGAUCUCGCAAAUAGUAGAACAUACCAUUGGCAUCGAUGAGCCCGAUAAAAGUACUUUAAAAGUUAUCAACGUCGCAAGAUCAGGAAAUAUGGUGGGCGAACUAAAAUUUCCGUAUUCUUCGAUUUUAUAUUUUUACAAGUUUGUUUUUACAUUUUCCAAACAUAUUCUCAUUGAAACUAUUUGAGCUUUUUUUCUGUCCAAGUUAUAAAAACCCCUUAUGACGUGUUUCUUAAACCAUCAUAAAGUUUAAAUUUUUUAUGGAUGCCCUCUUGGAUUAGACAUCUGAAUAGAUCAAAGUUGAUGUUUAAUAUGUUAAAAACUGUGGCGGGUCGUAUUUAAGAUUUCAGAGAAAUAUGGUUCUAUAUAAUUAAAAUUAUACAAGAAUUGACAAACCAAAACUAACAAAAAAUUAUAAAAACAAUUCUAUCGAAACAUGUUUAUGCAGCAAAGAAGAAUUAUCUUUUUACAAAACUGCGUCGUUUUUUGUUGAGUCGAACUUGCUAACGUUUCGCCAAUCAUCCUGUUGGUUUCCUCGGAGCUUAACUGGAUGAUUGGCGACACGUUAGCUAGUUCUACUCAACAAAAACCGAAGCAGGAGGAAAAAUUAAGAAUUAUCUUCUAGUAUCCGUUAAAUAUAUCGAUGACGUAAAUGAUAAUUUAACGAUUUUCAGAUUUUUGGCUUGGCUAACAUACUGGAAAAUUUUCUUUUUUAUUUUCUGUUUACUAAAAAAUGAUAUUAAUUUUUCUAAGAUUGAUGAAAAUGUCAUGUGUGUGUGUGUGCACUAACUUUUUCUUUAAAAUCAUAUUUUGCCUUUCCUGUAAAAUUCAAUUUUUUCAGGCCAUCGAUGUUUGUUUUGAUCUUUUUUUCGGGCCAUUUUGAAUGCAGAUGUUCUGAUGUAUCUUUAAAAAGGCAAUUCGACGUAGAAUAUGAUGCUAUAAAAAAUAUACAAUACAAAUAUAAGUAUAUGCUAAGUUGAUAUCAGUUCCGGACAAAGCAGGAAAUUUAUUAAUUUUAAUGUAAAUCGUUAUCUCCUUCAACAUUACAUGUACUGUAAUAAAAAAUAUAACUAUUGAAAAAUAUUACUAUAUACUGCUGAAGCGGUUGAGAUUCUUCCUCGUACUGCAUUAAUUUCAAUUUUUUAAUACAAAAUGUCCUGACAGCAGUUUUGCGAAUUUUGUCCUCCAAUACCAAACACCAGACCCAUUGGCAUUUAGUUUUGACUAUUUCUCGUUCGUAUUAGGUCCCGAUUGUCUUUGUUGUCAUAUACGUUAAAUUCAGAACCACACGAAAACGCGAAGAUCGUUGAAAAUUUUCAGUUUUAAAAAUUGUAUGGGCGAUCUACAAGGUUCUAUUAGAUAAGUAAUUCUUUCUUGCACAUGGAGGGAAAUUUUGAACCAAUAGAGCAGUUUCUUAAUAAAAGUAAACAUAAAAAAACAGUUCGUUAAAAACUAACCAAAAUUUAAUUCCAAAUUUCUAUAUAUAUCAUAUAUACCUGUGUUACUAAUGGAUCAAGAUUUAUAUUUAGAUCAAGCAUUAUCGAUUACUUCAAAGCUAAAUGCAAGUAAUAUAUUUUUAAACGUUGUUAAAUUUAAA